AAAGCCAAGCUAUGUAGCAAGCAGAUGAUGUCCUCCUCCACUUUCGAGGCUCCAGCUGUCUGGAUUACUGCGGAGGCCUCCCCUUAUCGUCAGUAAGUACCCACAGGCAGCACAAGAGAUGGGUGUACACGUGGCUGAUGGAGCACUGAUGUUAGGCCAGCCUGAAACAAGCUUACUGAUAAGUGGUCCCUUGGUCACACACUUCAGAACUUUGCGAAGAAGCAUCUUCAGCCUGGUAUGAUUUUUCAGUGAUUGGCAUAAACCUUAGCACUGUGAUCUGAGAUAAAAGUUAGAGGUUACACGAAACAAAUAUGUUCUAGUAUUUGUCCAUUUUAAAAGGAGCCAUUACAGCAAAGUGGAGCUCAAUGCUUUCUCUACAUGCUUGUAUCUUCCAUGUCUGUGGCUUGUGUCUUCUGUUUUACUAUCCUUGUCUUUCUGUGAACCUGGCUUUGCAGAGUGUUUGCAAUUAAAAUUCUCAUGCUCUGAAAUGUCACUGAUCUUCACAACGUUCCCCUGGCUUCACAGAAACAAGUGUACUUGGCAAUUUCCAAUGCUGACAACUCCAGUUUUCUUCCUCUGCUGUUCCGGUGGUCAGAGCCACACAAGUGCCAACAAAUAAAGCACAGAAGCAGUGUUUCUGAGUCAGCAGGGCUUUGUAGCAAAGUGAGGGCAGGAGAGGUAUUGUGCCGAGUGCCCAAAAUUGGCUGGCGUCUCUGUAUGGGAAGUGAAACUGGAAGAUCACCUUGUAAGCAGGCCUGGUGCCAUCCAAACAGAUGGGCUGAAGCACAAGCAGCCAAGCAGUCAUUCAGGAACACAAAACGGAUUUGUUGAAGGCACAUUUCCAAGCAUGAAAUGUCAGAACGUGUCAAGCCUCCAAACCUGAAGGGAAGGAUAUGUGCGAGUAGCGUGGGAUGAGCUAACGCUGAAAACAAACAUUUCUGUCUUGGAUCUUUUCCUGGAGCCACUGAAAGAUUUUUUCAUUGCUGUGAGACACAGAGGGAUUGAGUGGGAGAAGAGUCCUGCAAAACAGUAUUAUUACCCUACCACAUGGACCACUUUCCACAAACUGUGCUGACAAGAAAAGGAUUGUGCAACAGUCGAGGACUACCGAUCUUUGGGAAGAGGCAGAAAACAUGCAUUCAGAUCUCAGACUCCAGACGGGGAAGCCUCUUUAACUGUGCAGUAACAGAAAUUGCUUAAAUGAUGGAUAAUCUGCUGCACAAGUCUGUCUUCUAUUUCAUAAAGCUUCCUAUCCAUGCAACUUGGAAACUUGUAUCGACAGUGAAAGACAAGAGGAUUCAAGAAAAGGUUGCACGUCUUCAAAAAAUCCCUGAUGGUGACAAUGAGACAAUGAUUCCUGUACUGUCUUCAAAAAAAGCCAGUGAAUUGCCAGUUGAUGAAGUUGCAAGCAUUCUGCAAGCGAAUCUUCAGAAUGGCUUAAAAAACUGUGAAGUUUGUCAUAGACGGGCAUUCCAUGGAUGGAAUGAAUUUGAUAUUAGUGAAGAUGAGCCACUGUGGAAAAAAUAUAUUUCCCAGUUUAAAAAUCCCCUUAUUAUGCUUCUCCUGGCAUCUGCAGUCAUCAGUGUUUUAAUGCAUCAGUUUGAUGAUGCUGUCAGUAUCACUGUGGCAAUACUCAUCGUUGUUACAGUUGCCUUCGUUCAGGAGUACAGAUCAGAAAAGUCUCUUGAGGAGCUUAGUAAACUUGUGCCUCCAGAAUGCCAUUGUGUACGGGAAGGCAGAGUGGAACACACACUUGCAAGAGAUUUAGUCCCAGGUGAUACAGUUUGCCUGUCAGUUGGAGACAGAGUUCCAGCUGAUCUACGAUUAUUUGAGGCUGUGGACCUUUCUAUUGAUGAAUCCAGUCUCACAGGUGAGACGGCUCCUUGCUCUAAAUCCACAGCUCCUCAGCCAGCAGCAACCAAUGGAGACCUCACUUCCAGGAGCAAUAUUGCUUUCAUGGGAACAUUGGUCAGAUGUGGAAAAGCAAAGGGGAUAGUUAUUGGAACAGGAGAAAACUCUGAAUUUGGGGAGGUUUUUAAAAUGAUGCAAGCAGAAGAGGCUCCAAAGACACCUCUGCAGAAGAGCAUGGAUCUCUUGGGAAAACAGCUUUCCUUGUAUUCCUUUGGUAUAAUAGGAGUUAUUAUGCUGGUUGGUUGGUUGCAAGGAAAGCAUAUCCUUGAUAUGUUCACAAUUGGUGUGAGCUUGGCUGUAGCUGCGAUCCCUGAAGGACUCCCAAUUGUGGUAACAGUGACACUGGCCCUCGGUGUGAUGAGAAUGGUGAAGAAACGGGCUAUUGUAAAAAAACUGCCCAUUGUUGAAACUUUAGGGUGUUGCAAUGUAAUUUGUUCAGAUAAAACUGGAACUUUGACAAAGAAUGAAAUGACUGUUACUCAUAUUUUUACUUCAGAUGGGCAGCAUGCUGAGGUUACAGGAGUAGGUUAUAACAGGUUUGGAGAAGUAAUGCUCGAUGGUGAAGUUAUUCAUGGUUAUAACAACCCAUCCAUUAGCAAAAUUGUUGAGGCCGGUUGCGUGUGCAAUGAUGCUUUGAUUAGGAACAACACGUUAAUGGGGAAGCCGACAGAAGGGGCUUUAAUUGCGCUUGCUAUGAAGAUGGGUUUAGAUGGACUCCAGGAAGACUACAUAAGGAAGGCUGAAUAUCCCUUCAGCUCAGAACAAAAAUGGAUGGCUGUUAAAUGCGUUCACAGAACGCAGCAGGAUAAACCUGAAAUUUGCUUUAUGAAAGGUGCUUAUGAACAAGUCAUUAGGUACUGUACAUCAUAUAACUGUAAGGGGCAGACCCUACCUCUUGUUCAGCAGCAGCGGGAGCAGUACCAGCAAGAGAAGACAUCUAUGGGCUCUGCAGGACUCAGAGUUCUGGCCUUAGCUUCUGGUCCUGAGUUAGGACAGCUGACUUUCUUGGGUCUUGUGGGAAUAAUUGAUCCUCCACGGACUGGUGUAAAAGAAGCUGUUACUACGCUUAUCACAUCAGGAGUUGCAAUAAAAAUGAUUACUGGAGAUUCACAGGAGACUGCGGUUGCCAUUGCUAGUCGACUCGGAUUGUAUUCCAAAAAUUCACAGGCAAUCUCCGGGGAAGAAAUAGAUGAUUUGGAUAUUCAGCAGCUUUCUCAAAUAACACCAAAGGUUGCAGUAUUUUACAGAGCCAGUCCCCGACACAAAUUGAAAAUAAUAAAGUCACUGCAAAAUAAUGGUGCAGUAGUUGCUAUGACGGGAGAUGGAGUGAAUGAUGCUGUUGCUCUGAAGGCUGCAGAUAUUGGUGUAGCAAUGGGACAAACUGGAACAGAUGUUUGUAAAGAGGCAGCAGAUAUGAUCCUUGUGGAUGAUGAUUUUCAGACAAUAAUGUCUGCAAUUGAAGAGGGUAAAGGAAUUUAUAAUAACAUUAAAAAUUUUGUUAGAUUUCAACUGAGCACGAGUAUAGCAGCACUGACUUUAAUCUCACUGGCUACAUUAAUGAACUUUCCUAAUCCUCUCAAUGCCAUGCAGAUCUUAUGGAUCAAUAUUAUUAUGGAUGGACCUCCAGCUCAAAGCCUUGGGGUGGAGCCUGUGGAUAAAGAUGUGAUUCAGAAGCCUCCAAGAAAUUUGAAGGACAGCAUUCUGACCAAAAACCUGAUUGUUAAGAUACUGGUUUCAUCCAUAAUUAUCGUGUGUGGGACACUGUUUGUCUUCUGGAGAGAGUUAAGAGACAACGUAAUAACACCUCGAGAUACAACCAUGACUUUCACCUGUUUUGUAUUUUUUGAUAUGUUCAAUGCUUUGAGUUCUAGAUCUCAGACAAAAUCUGUGUUUGAGAUUGGACUUUGCAGUAACAAAAUGUUCUGUUAUGCCGUCCUUGGAUCUAUAAUGGGGCAGUUAUUGGUUAUUUACUUCCCUCCACUUCAGAAGGUUUUCCAAACAGAGAGCCUGAGCGUCUUGGAUUUACUGUUUCUUCUGGGACUCACUUCCUCUGUGUGCAUAGUGACUGAGAUCAUAAAGAAGUUUGAAAGAAGCAAGGAAAAGAUCCAGAAACGUGGAAGUUCUUCUUCGUCAACUUCGUCUUUUCUCGAUGUAUGAUGCAUAUUGCAUUCUUUUGUUUGCAAACUUAGGGAUUGCUGUCUAAAGUUGUAGGAGAAAGCAAAACAAUAUUUGGAAGAUAAAUCCUGAGGGCUUUUGUCAAGUCCUUUGUUUCACUGGCUAAUGAUGAACACUCAUGUUUCAAGACUGUUUAGAAUUUAACUCCCAGCUGAGGGAGUAACAAAUGAAAUUAUGCAACUUUGGUAACAUUUUUCCUCAAACAUAAAUUUACUUUUGAGAUUGAAUGGGAUUUUAUGUGUGGGGGGGUUAAUUUAAAGAAAGAUCCAAGCCCAAGUCCCAUUUUCUGCACUUAAAAGAUAUAACUGUGUAAAAUCCUUCUCUUAGAUAUAAAUAUUUUAGUUUGUUUUUAUUUAAAACAUUGUACUAUUUUACUUUUAUGGUGGUGGGACUUUGCUACUAAUACAAGGAUAAGAAAUAUUUCAGAGGCAUUCCACUGGGUUUAGAGUCUGUCACAAGAGUGCCAUAUUCUAGCUACUGUAUUUAUUUACUUUAUUCUGCAAUGUGUAAGCGGCUCAAGUACCUCGUGCUACAGUUUUUUUGUAUCCCAAGGUUUUUUUUGCACAGGAUGUGACCGCUGUCAGAUCACUGUUUUUCUUUUCUCUUUCUGUGAUUGAAAAGCCUAUACUGCAAUUUGAAGUAAAUGUUUGCUUUUCUUAAAA